CACGCCGACUCAUUCCCACACCCGUUUGUGCAGGAAGGUGUUAGAAAGAGAUCACGAACCAGGCAUCGAAAGUCGAAACUUCAUUUUAAUUUUUUUGUUCCAUGAAAAAAUUAUACUAGACAAGAAGAAAAAAGGAGAAGGUAGUGAAAGAACAUUUUAAUUGCGAUAAAUAAUCAUAUACAGAUUAAAAGUGAUCAAAUUAAAGACAAGUGUAAUCAAUUUUUAGUGCGCUUAUCCAAGGUAAUACACCCCCGAUUAUAAAAUAAAAUCAAGACAAGAUGACGUGGGAACCGCAAGCCGAAGGUUUACAGCAAAUAAUUACAAUCCUCAAGCAGUCUCAGUCACCGGAUACAGCAACGCAAAUGGCUGUUCAACUGAAACUGGAGGAACUGAAUCAAUAUCCCGAUUUCAAUAAUUAUCUCAUUUAUGUACUGACGAAACUAAAAACAGAAGAUGAACCAACACGCUCUCUCAGCGGUCUAAUUUUGAAAAAUAACAUACGAAUUCAUGGAAACAAUCUACAGCCGGAGAUUAUUGAAUAUAUCAAACACGAAUGUUUGCAAGCAAUUGGAGAUCCUUCGCCAUUGAUCAGAGCCACUGUUGGUAUACUUAUAACGACUAUUGCUAGUAACGGUGGUUUGCAAAAUUGGCCGCAAUUACUCCCUUCACUGUGCGAUAUGCUGGAUUCGCAGGACUAUAAUGUCUGUGAGGGAGCGUUCAGUGCUUUACAAAAGAUAUGUGAAGAUUCAGCUGAGAUUCUUGAUUCUGGAGUACUCAAUCGGCCACUUAACGUGAUGAUUCCCAAAUUUUUGCAAUACUUUAGCCACAAUAGCCCAAAAAUACGUUCUCAUGCUAUAGCUUGCAUCAAUCAAUUUAUUGUAAAUCGAUCGCAGGCGUUGAUGCUUCAUAUUGACACAUUUAUCGAAAGUUUAUUUAACUUGUCGUCCGACGAUGAUCAUGAGGUCAGAAAGAAUGUUUGCCAUGGGUUGGUAAUGUUGUUGGAAGUUCGUAUGGAUCGUUUAUUACCGCAUAUGUCACAAAUUAUUGAGUAUAUGUUAAUACGUACUCAAGAUCCGGAUGAAGGAGUUGCUUUGGAAGCCUCUGAAUUCUGGCUAUCUCUCGCUGAACAAAGUAUUUGCAAAGAAGUUUUGGCGCCCUAUUUAGUGCAGUUGGCUCCUAUAUUAGUGCGCGGAAUGCGUUACUCUGAAAUAGAUAUUAUCUUGCUUAAAGGCAAUGUUGAAGAGGACGAUAUGGUGCCAGAUCGCGAGGAGGAUAUACGCCCGCGAUUUCAUAAAUCACGCACACACACCAUCAAGUCUGGUGAAACGGGCGUGGAUGAUGAGGAUGAUGAUUUUGAUGAUGUGCUUGAUGAUGAUAGUUCCCUAUCUGAAUGGAAUCUCCGCAAAUGUAGUGCAGCAGCACUGGACGUUUUAGCAAAUGUCUUCCGUGAAGAGUGUCUACCUAUAGUCUUGCCGAUCCUCAAGGACACUUUGUUUCAUCAGGAAUGGGUUAUCAAAGAGAGUGGAGUCUUGGCAUUGGGUGCUAUUGCCGAAGGCUGUAUGCAGGGUAUGAUUCCACAUCUACCGGAACUGAUUCCCUACCUGAUAAGUUGUUUGUCGGACAAGAAGGCACUAGUACGCUCGAUAACUUGCUGGACUUUGUCGCGUUAUGCUAACUGGGUGGUUAACCAGCCACAUGAUCAAUAUUUGAAGCCACUAAUGGAGGAAUUGCUUAAGCGUAUUUUGGAUUCUAAUAAACGAGUACAAGAGGCAGCUUGCUCUGCCUUCGCUACUUUGGAAGAGGAGGCCUGCACUGAGUUGGUGCCAUAUUUAGAAUAUAUACUGAAAACUCUUGUAUUCGCCUUUUCCAAGUAUCAACAUAAAAACUUGCUUAUACUGUACGACGCAGUUGGAACAUUAGCUGAUUCUGUGGGCCACCAUCUCAACAAACCACAAUACAUUGAUAUAUUAAUGCCCCCACUAAUAGAGAAGUGGAACUUACUAAAGGACGACGAUAAGGACUUAUUUCCUCUCUUAGAGUGCUUAUCAAGCAUUGCAACAGCUUUACAAUCUGGAUUUCUACCGUAUUGUGAUCCAGUUUACCAGCGAUGCAUAUCACUAAUUGAACAGACACUAAACCAAGAUAUGGCAUGCAAAUCUAAUCCUGGAUUCGAGCAUCCCGAUAAAGAGCGGAUGAUUGUUGCAUUAGACUUGUUGUCAGGAUUGGCCGAAGGUUUGGAUGGACACAUUGAAUCAUUAGUAGCCAACAGUAAUAUUAUGCAGUUACUAUAUCAAUGCAUGCAGGAUGUACUCCCCGAAGUGCGGCAGUCGUCAUUCGCAUUGUUAGGAGACUUGACUAAAGCCUGUUUUCAACAUGUACAUCCAUUCAUGUCGGAGUUCUUCCCGAUUUUGGGCCAAAACCUUAAUCCUGAUUACAUUUCCGUAUGCAACAAUGCUACAUGGGCCAUUGGCGAAAUUUGCAUGAAACUAGGUGAAGAAACUCGGCAGUACAUACAUCUCGUACUCAAUGAACUGUUCGUUAUUAUUAACAGACCGAAUACACCUAAAACGCUUCUGGAGAAUACAGCAAUAACAAUCGGUCGUCUAGGUUAUGUGUGCCCAGUUGAAGUGGCUCCUUAUUUGCCAGAAUUUGUACGACAGUGGUGUACAUCUCUGCGCCAUAUAAGGGAUAAUGACGAAAAGGAUUCGGCUUUCCGUGGGAUGUGUCACAUGAUUACCGUAAAUCCAGGUGGCGUCGUGCCCGACUUCAUAUUCUUCUGCGAUGCUGUGGCUUCGUGGGUUAACCCGCCACAAGAUUUGCAUCAAAUGAUUCAGAAGAUUUUACAUGGCUUCAAAACACAGGUAGGAGAAGAAAAUUGGCGUCGCUUCGUCGAUCAGUUCCCACAAAAUCUUUCGGAACGUCUGGUUGCUAUGUACAACAUUUAAAGCAUCAGUUCUGCGCACUGGGGUAAUUGAAACAUGAGUGUGAGCUUAAAGCUACUAUUCUGGUAGAAACGGAAAGAAAGCACCAUGGAACGGGGGACAAAAAA